AACAGAAAAACUUUUCAUUUUUUAAUCAAAUAAUCUUAUAAAGAAAGAAAAUGAAUUCAUCAGGAGAUUCUAUGCAAAAGCCUCCGGCAAAAACUAAUCAAAACAUUCAAGUUUACGUGCGAAUCAGGCCAACUAACGCUCGCGAAAAAUUAAUCAGAUCAAAUGAAGUUGUAGAAGUUCAAGGACCAAGAGAUGUGAUCGCAAAACAAAUGCUUGAUUCACGAACUACAAAAAGAUUCUCAUUCGAUCGGGCAUUUGGGAUGGAUUCUCAACAGCAUGAAGUUUAUGCGGCUGUUGUUUCGCCUAUGAUAGAUGAAGUGUUAUCCGGUUAUAAUUGCACAGUAUUUGCUUAUGGUCAAACAGGAACAGGAAAGACGUAUACCAUGGUUGGAGAAGAGCAACCCACCCUAACAUCAACACAAGAGGAUGCAUCAAAUGUUGGAAUCAUUCCUCGAGCUUUAAAUCACCUUUUUGACGAGCUCCGUUUAAUGGAAGUUGAAUUUGCAAUGAGAGUUUCAUAUUUGGAGCUUUAUAAUGAAGAACUUUGUGAUUUGCUCUCAUCAGAUGACUCUGCGAAAAUAAGAAUUUACGACGACGUUAGUAAAAAAGGCUCAGUUAUAGUUCAAGGCCUUGAAGAAAUUCCAGUUCGGUGUAAAAGCGACGUUUAUCGACUGCUUGCUAAAGGACAAGAGCGAAGGAAAACUGCUGCAACUUUGAUGAAUGCGCAAAGCUCACGAUCGCACACGGUGUUCUCUAUACUCGUUCACAUCAAAGAAAAUGGGAAUGACGGUGAAGAAAUGUUGAAAAUUGGAAAACUCAAUUUGGUAGACUUAGCUGGAAGCGAAAAUAUAUCAAAAGCUGGAAAUGAAAAAGGCAUUCGUACUCGUGAAUCGGUGAACAUAAAUCAAUCUCUUUUGACACUUGGCCGAGUUAUCACAGCACUUGUCGAAAGAACUCCACACAUUCCAUAUCGGGAAUCAAAAUUAACUCGUUUGUUGCAAGAAAGUCUUGGUGGUCGUACAAAAACUUCUAUCAUUGCAACAGUGUCGCCAGGUCAUAAGGAUUUGGAAGAAACGUUGAGCACACUCGACUAUGCUCAUCGUGCUAAGAAUAUUCAAAACAAACCGGAAAUUAAUCAACGAUUAACCAAGAAAGUUGUGCUUAAAGAGUACACUGAAGAGAUUGAUCGACUUAAACGUGAUCUCAAUGCAGCUCGUGAGAAAAAUGGAAUUUACUUGGCGUCAGAUACAUACAAUGACAUGCUUUAUAAAAUGGAAACGCAACAAAAGGAGUUGAACGAGAAGAUUCAUUUAUUUAAAAAUCUUAAGGAAGAAUUGCAAGACAAGAAUCGAAAGUUUGAUGAGUGUCAGAGAAACUUGGAUGAGAUUUCCACACAUCUUCUCGUUGAGCAAGGAAAAGCAAGAAUAACCGAAGCUGAAUUAUCAAAAACAAGAAGAAAUUUACGCAAAACUGAACGCCGAUAUGAGGAAACAAAGCAUAUUGUUGAAUGUCAAGAGAAAACUGAAAAUCUUCUUGCUGAUCAUGCAAAACAAUUAAUAAAAGUCGUAGAAGAAGCUUCUGUAGAUUCGCAUUCCUUAAUUGACUCGAUUGACCGUCGUAAAGUGGUUGAAGAGAAUGCUUUAUCUGUCACCGAUUUGUUGAUGAGAAAUCUUUCAAACAAUAUUUUGGAAAUGCGACAUGAUAUGGAAGAAUUGAAAAAGAAGCACACAGAAAGCACAAAUUACAUUAUAAAUGAUUUAAAUGUUAAUACAAAAGAGAAAUCACAAUUUAUGUCUUACUUAAAAGUGAACUUAGAAGAGAUUAAAACUUUACGGAACGAGACUAACGAAACUAUCAACAAGGUAAUCAACGAUUGGAAAUCAAAAGCCGAUGAGAAUAUUCAGUCUAACUCUGCUUUGAUUCAUGCAUCCAUUAGAGAAAUGGAAAAACAACAGAAUGCGUUCAAAAUAAAUAUUAACGAAAAAAUUCAUUCAAUCGAGGAAAUAGUGAUGAAAGAAAAGGUUGACAAUGAAAUGAUGCAGAGUCAACUUCUUCAAAAGAUUAAUGAGCAAAAUGCUGAAAUUGACAACUUUUGUGUUAAUUUAAGAAUGAAGAUUAUUGAACAUUGCAAGGAUUUUUCAAAUCUUUCCACUCAAUUAAAGAGCAAAACCAAUUUACAGAAAGUUAAGAUUUUAGAGAUUCAGAAACUUUUAAAGGAUGUUGAAGAAAUUUCUAAUGAACUUGAUCCAAUCCAAAACGAUAUGAAGAAUCUUAAUGAUGGAUUAAAAUUUUUAGAAGAAACUGAUAUCAAAAGUUUCAGUGAAAAGAACUCUUUAAUUCUGGGUGAAAAAAUUGGACAUUUAAAGAAUAUUGAAGAUUCAAAUAAUGAAAUAUAUGAAAAAAUGAUGCAGCAUGUGAAAAAUACUUCUGAACUCAUAAAGGAAGACGACGAAAAUGUUAAAGAUUGGUUGAAACGACAAACUGAAGUUACAACAUCAACAGAAAAUGAUCAAAAGAGUGAAUUGAUGGUUUUAGAAUCUAAUGUGAGCAAACAAUUGGAGGAAUCUGAAACUAUUGAUCAACAAAAAUUAAAGAUUAUUAAUGACUUGAUACAAAAUGAAAAAUCUCGCUUCACGGUAAACACUCAAGAAGUAAAAUCACUCGUGCAACAGACUCUCGUUGGUAUUGUGCAAAAAGCUCAAAAUGACGUUUUUUCGAAACUUUCAAACUGUUCCAUUGAAAUCUUGCAAUUUCAAGAAGAAGAUGUGCUGAAAUAUAGACCAACUGGGGAAACUCCAAUGAGAAAAGAUUAUAAAUUUAAAAAAGAUUUGGUUGCCACUUCUCCACAUGAUCGAAUUAUUAAACGCUAUCGAAUUGCUAAAAACUUGUCAGAUUCACAACUCGAUGCUUCAAUAGCAGAGAUUGGAACAAACGAAGACUCUAUGAUAAACUCAACCCCGCUUCGCAUUCAAAACAGUACUGCUGAAUUUGAAAAUAUCAGAGAACUUAAGGACCUAGAAAUCUCGAAAGUAUCUAAAGAUGAAAAGGAAAAUCAAGUUCAAUCCAUGACCGAAUAAUCUCAGCUGUGUAUUAAUACGGCAAUUGUUUACAUGCAUAGAUUUUAUGCUUUUCACUCGUUUACGCUAUUUCAUCGAAACAGCAUAGCAGCAGCGGCUUUCUUCCUGGCAGCAAAGGUUGAGGAACAACCGCGAAAAUUAGAACAUGUGAUAAAAAUCCUGAAUAUUUGCCUGGAAAAGAAUGAAAACACACGUGAAAAUUAUGCUGAACAGGCUCAGGAAUUAGUCUUUAAUGAAAAUGUUUUACUACAAACACUUGGUUUCGAUGUGGCGAUUGAUCAUCCUCAUACUCACGUUGUACGUGCGUGCCAGCUAUUUAAUAUCGUGACAGUUUCUAGAGAAUUAAGGCAAACUUGUUAUUUCAUGGCUUCGAAUAGUUUGCAUCUAACUACAAUGUGUUUAAAAUAUCGACCAACUGUUGUAGCUGCCUUUUGCAUUUACAUUGCUUGCCAAUGGUCGAGAUGGGAGAUUCCUGACUCUUCCGAGGGUAAAGCCUGGUAUAGCUAUGUAGAUGAAAAUGUCACAACUGACACACUGAAAAAAUUGACAGAAGAAUAUCUUCAAAUAUUAGAAAGAAGUCCUUCUAAAUUCAAAAGCAAAAUGAAAGCCAUCACGUCAAAUGGUCAAACAGCGCCAAAUCAAAAUCCUUCAGUGCAUUCUAGAGAUGAUGGCCCUUCAACAUCUCAUGCUCACCAUAGAAACCAGCAUGACCGACAUCAUCAUCAUCAUGGUCGAAGUAAUUCUGGAAGUAGUUCAAACAACCUGCAUAGGAAACAGCCACAAAUUGUUGAAGUUGGACAGUCAUCUUCGAAACAGUCACAGCAUCCUUCAGUUCAAGCGACGACGUCUUUUAAAAGUCAAAAUUUAUCUCAAAGUAGUUCCAACUCAUCGUCGCUUGUACAAAGACCGACAAGACCGUCAGGAAAUCCCCAACCACAUCCACAAAUUUCUUAUUCAGGAAAUAACGACAGCAAUAGUAACACACAAAAGUCCUUAAAUGAAGAUCGAACACAGCAUCGACAAGUGAUUGCAGAAACUUCUGUCACUUUUACUGGCUCUUCACUUCCACGUCCUAUCGUUGAUUCGCAAAAGCGUUUGAAUUCAAGUCAACAAUCGAUAAAUAUGCCAUCACACCAACAACAACAACAACAACAACCACAACAAAAUAAUCCUCAUAUUAAACCUACGAGUCAUGAUCAAAGGCAUGUCCAACCUUCGAUCACGAAAACGCAAUUAGAAUAUCAUCAAAAAGGUGUUAAACAAAAUAUUUCUGGCAAUGAUUUUACGAAUCGAUCAACUUCAUCAACCACCCAGCCUAUGACACAAAAACAAGGAAACCAUAUAAAACCAUCACAAGUUUCACAUCAUCAACAAACUACCCAUUCAAAUCAUCCAAAUAUUAACUACACAACAACUUCAUCAACGACAAGUAACGUCCGUAGUAAUUCACAAUCUUUGCCAUCAUAUAAUGAAUCAACAAUGACAAAGCAAGCUUCAAUAUCACAACAAUCAUCAAGUCAGAGUGAUUUUUGGUUCAAUGAUAAUAACAAACUACAAGAAACAUCAACAAAAGUGACGACACCUCCAUCAACAAGACCAUCAAAAUCGAUGUUUUCUCCAAGUCCUGAAAAUGACGCUUUCGAUCGAACAAAGAUGCUUAUGAUGAAUCCUAUGAAUGCUAGCGUUAAACAACAGAAACAAAAUGAAAGUCCAAAAAUAGAUAAACAAGAUCGAAGAUCAUCAACACCAAGUAAGAAAGAAAGGAAACCUGAUAUGGCGAAAAUUCUCCAACAAAAUGAUCGAAAACCAAUAAAUUCGAGAAUGGAAAAUUCUUCUUCAAUAACUUCUACUCUUAUUAAUGAAUCGUCGUCUAAAAAGCGACCAUUCACGUUAGUCGACGAUGGAAUAUCUUCAAAUGAAUAUAAUCGUGACAACAAAACGAGAAAAGUGGAACAUACGACAAAAGUUGAGCCACCAACUGGUCCGAUAAUGAAGCAACCAAUUGAAACAAAUCCUGAUAUCGUGAAGUCACUUCUUCAAGAAUGUUACACUUCCAAUAAAUUUGAUUCAUUCGGAAUGGACAGUCCGUUAGAUGUCAUUAAUCCUGAAGCUGCUUCAAUUCCAACUCAACUUAAUGUUUCUUUCCAAUCUCAAACUAAGCAACAAGAGCCACUGAAAGAUACAAAUUUAAUAUCUAAGUUGGAACUGUCAAGAGAUAAUGGAUUUGAUGACGAUCAUCAUCAUAAGAAGAGUAAAUCUAAGAAAAAGAAAGACAAACAUCGUCAUAAAGAAACACAUAAACCAAAAAAGAAGAAAAGCCACAAAUCUGAUCGCGAGGAUCGUGAUGAUCGUGACGAUCAAAAAGACUCUUCCCUUAAAAUUAUUUUGUCUAAAGAGAAAUCUGAUUCCAAGAGCUCUCCAGAAAAUGUUCUUACUCCAGGUGGAUUGAAAAUCAAAAUACCUAUAAAGGAUGUCGCAAAAUCGGAAUUGUCUAACUCUUUAUCUCCAAUGCCUCCAGCACCGUUAAAAUUGAAAAUAUCAAAAGAAAAAUUUAGUGCAUUCAAUAACUCAGGUCAAACGUUAAAUGAUGGCGGAUUGUCAGCAUCUUCAUCUCACAAAAAGAGAGACAAAGAUCGAUCCAAAUCAAAGACAUCUAAACAUGGUAACAAUAAUAACAAUUCUGACUUCAAAGAUGUUGGCUUUCAGCAUCAACAAUUGUCAGUUAAUAAGAAGAGCUCACAAGCUCCUAUGCAGCAAUGUCAAACUUCGAAUGCCUUAAAUCCUAGUUCUGUAUUUGGAAAUAAUUCAUUUCAACAACAACAGCAUCGAUCUGGCUUGUCUCAACAUUUGCAACACCAACAGCGUCAGCAGGCUCAACAGUAUCAACAACAUCCAACACUGAAUCCCCAAUUUUCACAACAACAAAAUGUUAAUGAUAUCUAUCAUAAUCCCAAUGUGAAUUAUACAAAUGUCAAUAACAAUAGCAACAUAAGCAAGAAAUAAUUUCCUAGAAUAUUUUUGAAUUUAUUUCGAAAUCUUCGGUCAUUUUAUCUUAUUUACUUUCUAAACAUAUUUAGAUAUCUAAAAUAUGUAUUUACGAAGAAUGCCGAAAUAAAUUGUGUACAUAAUUAAGGUAAUGUUUAGGAUUGAAACUCAAUUUGAAUUUAAGUUCUAGUUAUAUAGACAGACAUGCAUUAAAUCUGUUAAAACAAGUGUUCGUCCAUAAUCCUUUAAGGAUCCAUUGUCACAAUACUUCCAGCAGUUUUAAUUUAUUUUUUAAAUUGGGAAACACCAAAAAUCAUUUUUUUUGUCACACUUCCGACCUAUUUAUCAUUUUCAAUUCUCUCUGCUAUCCGGAAAAUAUCAUAAGACAUUGCUUUGAGGAAAAACGCAAUAAAAAGUGCUUGUAAAUAAAUACACAAUUUAGUUCAUGUAAUUAAAUGAAACAAAUUUUUCUAACAAUACGAAUUUGAAUAGUUUUUGUUAAUGAAUUGAAGAGUCUGAUAAGGUUUAUAUCUCUAAAAUGAAGAGAAGAAAUUAUGAGUACAUAAGAAAAGUUUGAUAGAAUUUUCCGGGAAAAGGAAACUCAAAAUACUAAACUUUUUAUGUUCAAGUAGUUUUUUGAGAAGAAACAAAAUUGAAUAAUUGAUGAUUACUUUCUCUCGACUUCUAAGUAUUUAUAAUAACAUAUUAUUAUGAAUUCGUGGAAAACUAUGUUAUAACAUAAAUAAAUAAAAUGUAGGCUAAACAAAUUAAAAAAAAAGUUAUCAUACUAAUUAAAAAAGAGGAAAAAACAUGAAUAAAAAUUAUAAUUCUGGAUGAGCACUG